AUGAGUGCAACUAAUGAACCAGUGGUGAACACCGUGUCCGCCGGUGAGGCCGGUGCUCUGGAGAAGGACAAAUUUGUGACCGUCACGACAGGGGCAUAUACCCGGAUGGUUAUCAUCGGUAUCGGCUAUCUAUUCCCAAUCUCUGCUAUUUGGGCAGCCUUCGACUACUGGAAGACCCUGUUCCCUGACAAGAACAUUGAGUUCGUGGUCACCUGUCUGUACCAAUUCGGUUCGGUCAUGACGGUCCUGGUGCUCUCGUUUGGCAAGUCCAUGAAAUUCCACCGUCGAAUCCUGGGUGGCUUCAGCGGACAGUUCUGCUGCUUGUUUGUCAUCUUCCUAUUCCGUUGGUUGGGUCUUCCUGCUGACGUGGUAUACGGCAUCUUGCUCGGCCUAGUGUUCUUGAUGUCUGUGGUGACUGGGUUUUUGGAUUCGGCUCUACUAGCUCUGAACUCUCAGUAUUCGCCCAAGAUGCAGGAGGCUCUCCAGAUCGGCAUCGGUACGUCCUGUCGUACUGUGGAAAUUCGCAAUGUUGAUUACAACUAG